AUGUCCUAUUUAUUUGAACUCAUUUGGGUCAUUCCACUUUUUCUUCUCUCAAAAGUAAUCAAUGUCUUUUGGUUUUAGGAUAUUGCUGACAGCGCAUAUCGACAGCGUCAAGGGAGACCUCAAGGCAUCGGUAAUUUCAGCAAAUACUUAUCUGAUAUGUUUAUAUCAAUCGUAAUCGAGUUCUUUCUUAUUCAGGCAAGCUUAAUGAGAAUGCUACCUCUCAUGGGGAUUAAUAUUAUGAUCAGUUGCGUCCAUUUAUGUCUCCUGAACUCGCUUUAUGCUUUUGAGUAUAGAUGGUACAACAUGGGGUUCGAAUUGUACAAAAGAUUCAGCUUCAUCGAAGAGAAUUGGCCUUACUUCCUAGGUUUUGGAAUGCCAUUGACAUUAAUCACGAUGUACACACCAUCUCUGUAUGUCAGUGGAUGUCUCUUUGCUGUACUUUUCCCUGUAUUUAUCAUCAGUGCUAAUGAAGCUGAUCCUGUAAGUAUGCAGUACUCUUUGAAUAUUAGAAUAUCAAAGGUUUUUUAA